AUGGCAAUGACUGACAUCCAGAUCCUCCAGGCUCAUGGCCUGUUUUUCGUUUUAGGCACUCAACUCCACGUCUUCGUUUUCCGCAAAGGGGAAUGGGACACAGCUACUACCAGACUCUUUAGGAACUUUACCCUGGGUAUUGGGUUGCUGACUGCGGCCCUUUCCCGGGGAGCUCCUGAGACCUUCCAGACCAAUGCGGCUGCGCUCAAGACAGCUGGGUCUCUCACGGCCGCGCUCAUUGCUGGAAUCUACACAAGUUUACUUGUGUACCGUGCGGCAUUCCACCGGCUCAAUGGCUUCAAGGGACCGUUCCUCGCGAGGCUCUCGAACUUGUGGAUCACGUCGCGAGCAGUGAAGGAGUUGCAUAUGUACACUGAGGUUCAGCAACUACAUGAACAGUACGGCGACAUUGUGAGAAUUGGCCCGACGGAGUUGUCUAUCAACAAUCCAAAGGCUGUUCUUCCAAUCCACUCGAAUCGCUCUCCGUGCACCAAAGGCCCGUGGUAUGGAGUCCUGCAUCCCAUGUACUCGUUGCAACUCGUCCGAGAUAAGCAAGAGCACGCACAAAGGCGCAAGAGUUGGGAUCGAGGGUUCAGCUCGAAAGCGCUUAGAGACUACGAGUUCCGAGUUGCUGACUACACCAAUCAGCUUCUAGCAAGCAUUGACAAGAACAAGGGAAAGCCAUUCAAUAUUUCAGAUUGGUUCAACUUUUACAGCUUCGAUGUCAUGGGUGACUUGGCUUUCGGCAAGUCCUUUGGCAUGCUCAAGGAAGGCAUUAAGCACUACUUUAUGACUUCCUUACAUCAAGACAUGCAGGCUAUUGGCAUGUUCAGCCAUAUGCUAUGGCUCUUCCCAAUCUUCAAGAACACGCCAAUCUUGAAUGAGAACAACAAGCGGUUCUGGAAAUUUGUCACAUCUCAGGUGGACGAGAGAAUCGCGAACCCCCCUGAUCGCCCAGACGUCUUCUCGUGGAUCUUGGAGGAGUACCAAUCCCUCAAGAACCCGACUUGGCAAGAUACUCUCAACCUCUAUGGCGAUGCGUAUCUUAUCAUUGUUGCAGGAAGUGAUACGACAGCUGCAUCCCUUACUUGUCUCUUCUUCGAGCUAGCCCAAAAGCCGGGUGUCUACCAACGGCUAAGGGAGGAGAUCGACGACUAUUUUGCGCAGAAUGCGGAGCCUGAACACUCCGCACUGUCAAAGCUCCCGUACCUGCAGGCAUGCAUCGACGAGACGUUGAGGCUUCACCCUCCCGUUCCGUCGGGCGUGCAGCGCAUGACCCCGCCCGAGGGCAUAGAUAUCGACGGGACGUUUAUUCCGGGUGACACAAUCAUCCAGGUGCCUACGCACACCAUGUUUAGAGGCAAGUCUCAAGAAGAAAUUGUUUCAUCUUCCAUCGUUGUCUCGGACGAGCGCCUGUUCCCGCAGGCAAACGACUUCAUUCCCGAGCGGUGGACCUCCCGGCCCGAUCUGGCCAAAGACCCUGCCGCAUUUGUUCCCUUUGGUACCGGCAAGUACUCUUGCGUCGGAAAGCAGCUGGGCUUGAUGGAGAUCCGUUACUGCGCCAGCCAAAUUAUUAACAGAUAUGAUGUUGCAUUCGCCCCAGGGCAGAAGGCAGAAGCGUUUAUUGAUGGUAAAAAGGAUGGGUUUACACUGUCGCUGCCGGAGUUGGAAGUGAUUUUCAAAUCGAGGGAGGCGGGAAAAGUGACAGCUUAG